AGUAGGCUCUCCACUUUGACUCUCUAACUACCCCACAAACAAAUUGAGCUCUUUCUUCAAAGACCAUGUCUCUUCGGAUUUCUAGUGGACCCAGACGCAUUUGCUCCUGGUCUGGAGCUGGCUCCGUCAGAAUACCCAAUGGUAGCACUAGCUUUGGGAAUAAUAGCCUGUGUGGCGGCUCUUUUGUAGGAGGUGGAAACUUACCUGGUGGAGGUUAUGGAAGCUGCUUCGGGGGGAGCUCAGGGGGUUCCCCCAGUGGGAACCCUGUUGGUGGUAGCUUUGGAAGUGCUUCUUGUGCUGGUUUUGUGGGGAACGAAGGCCUCCUCUCUGGCAAUGAGAAGGUCACCAUGCAGAACCUUAAUGACCGUUUGGCUUCUUAUUUGGACAACGUGAGAGCUCUGGAGGAGGCCAAUUCUGAGCUAGAGCAAAAAAUUAAAGGGUGGUAUGAGAAAUUUGGUCCUGGUUCUUGCCGUGGCCUAGACCAUGACUAUAGCAGAUAUCAACUGACGAUUGAAGAGCUUAAGAAUAAGCUUAUCUCUUCCACUACAAGCAAUGCUAAUGUUGUUCUGCAGAUUGACAAUGCCAGACUGGCUGCAGAUGAUUUCCGUCUGAAGUUUGAAAAUGAGCUGGCUUUUCAUCAAAGUGUUGAGGCAGAUAUCAAUGGCCUACGCAGAGUCCUGGAUGAAUUGACACUCUGCAGAACAGACCUGGAAAUCCAAUAUGAAACUAUGAAUGAGGAGCUUACUUACCUCAAGAAGAACCACGAAGAGGAAGUGAAAGCCCUCCAGUGCGCUGCAGGUGGGAACGUGAAUGUGGAAAUGAAUGCAGCCCCCGGGGUGGAUCUGACCGUUCUGCUGAACAAUAUGAGGGCGGAGUACGAAGAUUUGGCUGAGCAGAAUCGCAGGGAUGCUGAAGCCUGGUUCAAUGAAAAAAGCGCCACGCUCCAACAGCAAAUCUCGGAUGAUGCUGGAGCCGCCACUUCGGCCAGGAGCGAACUCACAGAAAUGAAGCGUACUGUCCAAACUCUGGAGAUCGAGCUACAAUCUCUUCUAGCAACGAAACACUCACUGGAAUGUUCCUUGAAUGAGACAGAAGGGAACUACUGUGUGCAGCUAUCACAAAUCCAGGCCCAAAUUGGAGCUCUGGAGGAACAACUGCAGCAGGUCAGGACUGAAACUGAGGGCCAGAAGCUGGAGUAUGAGCAGCUGCUUGAUACCAAGAUUCGUCUGGAAAAGGAAAUUGAGACCUACUGUCGACUAAUUGAUGGGGAUGGAAGUUCAUGCUCCAAAACAAAAGGCUAUGGGUCAGGAGUUUCAGGAAAUUCAACUAAAGAUCUCUCCAAAACUACUCUAGUAAAGACGGUUGUUGAAGAGCUAGAUCAGAGGGGCAAGGUUCUCUCAACCCGGGUUCACUCCAUUGAAGAAAAGAGUUCUAAGAUGAGCAAUGGCAAAACAGAACAAAGGAUCCCUUUCUAGAGAACCCAGCCAAGACAAGGAUUCUAGAAAGAUGAAUGAUUCUAAACAUGAGAAGAAAAAUAGUUUCUGUUCUUAGUACCUAGUAAAAAAUCUCUGCUUCUAUUUUUUCCUCUUCUCAGAUAGCAGGUUUGGGGUUUUUUUGUUGUUAAAUAAAGAAGCAAAUAUACAUCAGUUUUUAUUUUUGAGUGUCUUAAUAAUUUUCUUUAAUGAGUCAUUUUUGUUAUUACUUGUUUAUAAAUGGGUAGAGGAAUUACUUGGGAUGUUUUGUUUGCUUUUAGUAUUGAUAUAAACAGUGGAUAUAAAAAUAAACAGAAAGGAUAAUAAA